GGGCACUGUUUGUAAAUGGAUGUAGAUCUAAUGUUAUUAAUGUGAUAGAAAAGUAACGUAAAGUGUAGCACGAUGAAUAUACGUGUAAAACAACCAGUAGUUAUUGGAAACUGUUAUAGAGGGCAACCUAAUCGACUAUGGGAAGUUUUUAUUUUGAAGUGGUUCCUGGUAGCUGUCGCCUGCCUUAUUGCCGCAGGUGCUGUAACAGUAUACUUGGCACACUACUUCAUGAAGACACGCUAUACGUCAACGAAUGUCACUGGCGUAACGGCACAACACAGUGAUCUGAAUACAUACAAGGGCCAGUUACAAGACAUGGAAGAUGGUUACUCAUUAUUUAAACAAGAAGAUAUGACACAAAUACGUAAAACUGAUGGAUUGACUGGCAGUCAACAAAUGAGAAAACAUAGUACAAAGCUUGUGUGUUAUUAUACAUUUCCAGGACCAGAUGGUUUGGUGCCAGACAAAAUCGAUCCUUUUCUUUGCACUCACAUUAACAUUGCAGCAGUUGGUAUAAAUAAUAGCAAGCUGGAACCACUUAGUGAAGAAAGACAAGAAGUCAUUAAGUCUCUUGUUGGUCUCAAAAUUCGUAACAAAAAUCUUAAAGUUAUUCUGUCUGUGAUUGGUAUGCCAGGUGGAUUUGGAGAUAUGGUUUCAAAGUCAUCAUCCAGGAGAAUCUUCAUCAAAGAUUUGUUGUGGACACUGUCAUACUAUUCAUUGGAUGGUGUUGAUUUUGACUGGGAAUUCCCCGCUUGGCCUGGUAAAAUUUCAGAACGCAAAAAAUUUAUUAUUUUUUUGAAGGAGCUGCAAGGUGCAGUUCAGAAAAGUCAACUAAACACUAUUGUGAGUGUAGCUGUUGCAGCACAAAAGACGAUUGUGGAUGUUUCAUAUGAUAUUCCUGAAAUGAACAAAUACAUUGAUUACGUAAAUCUCAUGGCAUAUGACUACCACUUUUAUACUGAGUAUACCCCAUUGACUGGGCCUAAUGCUCCAUUAUAUAGCCUUCCAAGUGACAAGGGUUACAUGUCCACACUCAACACAAAUUGGUCUUCACUUUACUGGCAUGAUAGAGGCAUGCCUAAGAACAAGAUCGUCGUUGGAAUACCAACUUAUGGCCAUUCCUUCUGGGACUUAGUGGCCAUUAAAAUGCACCAAUUUGAGGAAGGUAUCAUGAAGGAAAUUGUUUUGGCCUCAGCAUACCGUCCUUAUGAAGACAGCUCUCCUCCUUCCUUGGAGGUGAGGAGACUCGUAGAGACUUGCCAUCAGCAAGGUGGCAACUGCUGGUGGGAUGCGACGCCAGCGCCCACAACCAAGUGUGGGGCAGCAAGGACACCAACAGUAGAGGCAAAGUAUAUCGCCAGUGGCUCUUAUGGAGGAGCAAUGGUAUUUUCUCUCAACGUAGACGACCAUCAAGGUGUGUGUGCUGGUACAACAUUCUUGCUGACAACACAGAUAAGGAAUAUUCUAGGAGUUUCUUGGCAUUAAGAUGAUACCAACUUCUCUUGUAAGCAGUCUACCAUGAUAAGACAUCAACAAAACACAAGUGGAUGAAGUUCACUGAAACAGAAUUGAAUGAAGUGUUUAGUUCAGUACUGUUUACAGGCAGAAAUAAAUCAACUUUGUCACUUUUCAAAGUUGUUUAUAAGCCCAAGAUGCUUAGAAGGUCUGUAAUUGAAGACAGAUAACCUGUAUUAUUGGUGUUACAGAUGAAGUUCAAAUAGUUUGUGUUUGCAUGCAUCCAACUAUAAAUGACACACAGCUUUUACUUUCAGUUACAUUUUUAGUACCAUUUGACAACCCCAAGUGUGGUCUAGGCCAUUGCAGCAACUAAUGUCAGGUGGCAAAAGUGAUGCAGUUACUUCUCAGUUGAAACACAGAACUUGUCUUCACAGAGCUGUACAUUGGCUUGCUUGUAAUAUUAAAUUGACCAACAAAUAGAAAAGUGUGAAUUUGAGAAAAAAUAUGACAAGUUGUUUAUUGGGAUCAGCUAUGAAUUCAUUCAACAUGGUGAAUCAGUGUGUAGUAUCCUGAAGUACUUACUUGGAAAUUUGCAAAGAAGUACAUUCAUGAUCAUGCAGUACAGGCUCUCACAGCCAGUGUAGGCACAAGUAUUUUUCUUAGAACAUGGCAUAAUUCCCAGAAACCCCAUGUCAGUAGGGAAGUAUAUUCAUGAUCACAGUCCAUGAGGAAUUUCCAAUUUACAGUUGGACUGUACCAGCGUGUACCUAGUUUAUAUCCCUUGCCUCUCAUUUUAUCAAGGAGCAUGAAUAUUGUGGUGAUCCACAAACUUGGAUCACAGGUUGGAUUGUCAAGCAAUUCAGUUAGAUUCCAGUUUAAACACAAAUGUUAUGUAACUGAAUGUUAAUAAAAUUUUAAUUACAGUUCUA